AAUGCAAAGUCUGCGCAAAAGCAAUGACUUUAUCGACAAAAAUGGCUUUUAAUUGAUCGACAAUUUGUUGCAAUUAAUUGAUUGAUUACUAACCCAUUUGACACUUUUGCAGACAUUUUAUGGCCACUUAAUGGCAGUGUUUCUAAUAAAUCAAUGCAAAUUCAACUCUUGUGGUAUCACUUUCCCCACACUCACUGAACUGAUCCGACACAUUGAAGACACACAUUUAGACUUUGAUCCGCGAGUUAUUGAAGAACACGAAUCACAACAGCCGUCAUGUCUUCCUAUUAGUUAUAUUCUUAGGGUUUUUGCUGACAAUUGUCGAAAGGAGUCACUCAAUGGUGGCCACAAUCACAUGCGGAAAGGGAUUCGUUCGCAUUCACCGGCGCUGUCAUUGUCGAGCACUACACCAACCGGCAGUGAAAUGGAUGAAGAAGAUAAUGGAUCUGAUAAUGACGAGAGUAGUAUUGACUCGUGGGUUAAUAAUCCCGCCGACGACUCGGCCAACGCUAUACUUAAAAUAAUGAGUCCGCCAUCGAGUCAAGCGAGUAGUGGUUCCAUCGGUUUUGACGAUAAAGACAGACCUUAUGUAUGCACUAAUGGCAACUGCAAGAAAAGAUACCGCAAUGCGAAUGGACUCAAAUAUCACAUACGAAAUAUUCACAGAAAUAAUCCGAUGGCUCACAAAUGUGAAGAUCAAACAACCGGUCAAUCAACCGCUUCACACAAAGAGUACAAAUGCGACUUUUGUAGCAAAAUAUACAAAACAUCUCACGGACUGAAACAUCACAAGAAAGUACACCAUUCAAACAUUGAGACUACAAAUAGUAGUACAACCACUACAACCAUAACAACAUCCACCUCUUGUAACAAUACCAACAGUUCAACUAAAACUCAGGCUCAGACCCAAACUUCGGGACAGUUACCCAUUCAGAUAUCAGUUCCCAUACAAACACAGACUACUCAAAGCACUCAAACGACUACAAGUUCAGUGCAAACUAACACAACUUUGAUUGGCAAAACUCCAAUUACCAAUCAAACCUUAUCCCAGGCCGCAAAAGAGGGUAUUAUAGCGACAUUUGUCCGCUGCCGACCACUACAGUCACUUACAGUGUCAGGAGGACAGUCGAGACUCGAUGCACUUCCCGUUAUGCUUAAGUUGCAAACAGAUAUUGAUAACAAAAUCAACACUGAAUUAGAUUUAGUUACUAAACCGUUAGGGAAGAAGUCUUCUAACGAUUCAAAUAUCAAAUGUCCAGCAAUAGCGGCGCCAACACUUCAACAACAUCUAUUAAACCCGAUUAUUGGAAAACCAGCCAUUAGUGUCACAAAAAUACUGUAAGAUGUCUAUUGAUAUUAAUGAUAAUUAUAUCUCAAUAUUUAAAAUCGAUUGAAUCUUAUUGUAGUCAAAUCUAGUCGUCUUUCAUAAGUCUUAAGAAACUCAUUACAAAACAAAAUACAAUUCAUUACCUCUUAAUAUUGUACAGUAUUAUCAAAUGGUUGUAAUAAUAUUCAUUGUUAAACACAUAAACAAGCGAUUCAUUUGUCAUUGAAAUCAUACAAAUGAUUGCAUUUUACGGCCAAUUAUAUAAAUGUCAAGUAAUUUAAU